GCUGCUGCUGCCCGAGGAAGAGGAGGAGGAGAGGUGAAUAGAAGGAUGAGAAGUCAAGUUUGUGUCCAAGUUUAAAGUCUAGAGUGAAGUGAAAGCUCAACUAUGCUACUCCACUUGACUUAUGGUGAAUGAAAACCACAUUUGAACUGGUUUUGUGUUCAGUCAGCAGCACAGUUUGGCUCGUUUUGUUUUCAUGUUUUUUAACCAUAAUUAGACAGGUGUUUAAUUAAACCGGGAAGAUGUUCUGCUGGCUGUUGAAUUGGACAGUUUGCCUCUGCCUUACCGGGCUCUUAACGUCGACCACCGCCUCACCUGAAGACGCAGCAGUGGAUUUUGGAGGCGAGUCCGGCUCCGGGAUGUUGAGCACAGAUGAGGUGAACGUUCUGCUGGAGCUCUCUCUUCUUGUGUCAAACAGCAGUAAUGCGUCCCUGACUGUAGAUGAUGGCAGGUGUCCGGUUCUCCAGGUGGGACAGUACUCCACCUUGGCUCUCCCUCUUCAACAACUCCUCACUGACGGAUUUUCAGAUGAGUUCAGUUUGCUGAUGCAGCUGAGGAGUCCUCAGAGGGAUGAACGCAGCGUCUUCACCAUGCUCAGUCCUGACAGUCAUGUUAUGCUGCAGCUGCGGAUCAGCGCGUAUGCCAUCAUUUUCAUUGGAACCCAGCAAAGACACUAUGAGUUCCCAUUCAGCGGUCUGUCUGAUGGAGAGUGGCACCAUGUGGCCGUCAGUGUGUCUGCCAAGAAGCUGGCGCUGUAUGUGGACUGCUCUCUGCUGGAGAGUGUGGACUGGGUGUACCAUGGCAUGGGGAUCAGCACAGACGGGCUGCUCAUGGUUGGAGGCAUCAUCGAGGGGUUCGAGACUCCGUUUGAAGGUCAUCUCCGUCAGCUGACCUUUCUGAUGGGCGACCCAGGUGCCGCCAAGCAACACUGCAGCCACCACCCGCCCCGCUGUGGUGAGAUCGCCCUGAAGCCUCCACGCUCCCCUCGCACUAACAACGCCUUUGAGAACAUACUGCUGGCCUCAAAUGACCUGGAGGACCUGCUUGGGGAAAACGAGUCCUUUUUGAAUUUUCGCAGAAUUAACGGGUUUCUGCGACAAGGGAGUUCUCGAGGAGACGGAACGGUUCCUUCUGGAUCCAAUCGAAAAGGCUCAGUAGGUCGAGGAGAUGUCUUUGUGGUAGAUGAGGACACUGACUUAUUGGAUCCAAUCUUCCAAAAUGGAGGACAAAUCAACACUCAGUGGAAACCGUCCAGAAAUGGACUUAAGGGAAGCCAGAAGGGGAAGCCUGAACUGUCCUCAAAGGACUUGGAGGAAAAUAUAACCACGGACAAAAAGACAGACUCCAGUGGAAGGACUUCCUCACUGUUCCCUGGAAAACCCUCCGAUGAAAUUAUGGAUCUGGAUGUUGUAGGGGCCACCAAGAAGCCCUCAGUGGGAUUACCUGUACUUCCAAAGAUCCCUUCAGAUCCAAUUACAAACACCGACUCAUUUAAUGGGGAGCCUGAUGAGAGGUCCAGGUCAGUCUCGCCUACACCUCGUGUAAUCAUCCCUGGUUCUUCUGCAAAGACAGAAUUCGAGGAGGGGAGACCAAUUACCAACGAACAAGAAACAAAGAACAAGGGUAAACAGCCAAAAAAGGAGCGCCCUGGCACUGUAACUAUAGUGUCCAGAGAUGGAGACCUGGUCCUAGGCUCAGAUGGUAAAAUGUACCAGCUCCAGAGAGGACCACCAGGCCGAAUGGGUCCACCAGGGCCAGAAGGCUGCUCAGGUGAUCCUGGUCUUCCUGGGUUUAAAGGUGAUAAGGGUAAGAUGGGCCAUGAAGGGAGUCCAGGAAAAAGGGGAGAACCAGGACCUCCUGGCCCAGCAGGUUUACCAACCUUCUACCUGUGGAAAAACACAGCAGAGGAAUGGGCUGCCUUUCAGCAAACCAAUUUCUAUCAGUUACUUCGUUCCGGUUGGCCUAGUAAAGAAGGCUCUGCAGGACCACCUGGAGAGAUGGGUAGACCUGGCAUAGAGGGGCCACCUGGGGAACCUGGGGAGCGAGGACAACCUGGGAUGCCAGGAGAGAUGGGUGAGAUGGGUCAACGGGGCCCUCCUGGGCGAACCGGGGCCCCAGGGAGAGACGGGGAGAAUGGAGAAGAUGGAGAGCCCGGGUCAUCUGGUGCUCCUGGAUCACAGGGCCCCUGGGGAUACAGGGGGGAGCGAGGCACCAAAGGGGAAAAAGGGGAUGAGGGUCUUGUUGGCCUUAAGGGUCUGAGAGGGGAAGUUGGUGAACCUGGUGAAAAGGGCUCAACUGGUUUACCUGGCCCACCUGGUCAUGUCGGACCCCCAGGGCCUCAGGGGGUGCGCGGUGGCGACGGGCCAGAGGGGCCUAUUGGGCCUGAUGGGGAGAGAGGACUGGAUGGUCCUCCAGGUGCACCUGGGCCAGAGGGCGCCGCAGGGUUCACAGGAAGAGUUGGCAAUCAAGGGGUUAAUGGCUCGAGGGGGGACAUGGGUCCUGCUGGCAGUGUCGGUCCCAAAGGCCCACAGGGGCCUCCAGGUUUAGAGGGACAGAUGGGACCUCCAGGACUCAGAGGAUCUCAAGGUCAUCUCGGACUGAUGGGUGCUGCUGGACCUAAUGGAGAUUCUGGGCCUGUGGGGCCCACUGGGGCUCGUGGGGAUCCCGGCUUUGAGGGACCCAUGGGUGCCGCUGGGAGUCAGGGUCCUAUGGGUUUUCCUGGGAUAACGGGUAACAGGGGGCCAGACGGGGACAAGGGGGAUCCAGGACUUAAAGGCGACAAAGGUAUUCAAGGACCGGCAGGUAUUAGGGGACCUCAGGGAGAGAGGGGUACCUCUGGCUUCCUGGGUUUCCCAGGCGCCAAGGGCCAACCUGGCUCCCCAGGCACUGAGGGCACAAAUGGAGAUACGGGCCUUCAGGGGAAACAGGGCAGCCGUGGGUUAAAGGGCAACAGAGGACCAGACGGGCGUACCGGCAAACCAGGACCCAGAGGAAGCAAGGGUCGGAUCGGAAAGCGAGGAAACACUGGCCAACCAGGUCCAUCGGGUUUGACGGGGCCUCCUGGACCAGAGGGAGCAGAAGGAAAGCCUGGUACACAGGGUUCCUCGGGUGCAGCGGGCAGCGCUGGCAGUAAAGGUCUAACGGGUUUUCAAGGAAUUGCUGGAGACAGAGGAGCAGAUGGCCCGCCAGGUUCUUUUGGGCCACCAGGGAAAUCAGGGCCUCCAGGAUCACCAGGACCCCUAGGAGACAGGGGUUUCACAGGAAAGCCAGGCGUGGAGGGACCUCAGGGCCCAGUAGGCAUGUAUGGUAUCCAGGGAAGCGUGGGCAUGCGUGGGCCUCCGGGGUUCAUUGGAGAAAGGGGUGAGCCAGGUUUACGAGGUUUUCCUGGGCCUGUUGGGAAGCCAGGACCUGCAGGUCCGUUAGGUCCUACAGGAGAGAAGGGACCCCGGGGACCUCAGGGUCGGCCUGGAGAUGAAGGCUCAACAGGGAUACAAGGCCCAGUAGGCCCUCAGGGUCUUCCAGGGUCUAAUGGAGCAGCAGGAAAACCUGGACCCAGAGGAAGUCCAGGCCUCCCAGGACCUCUGGGGCCACAGGGGCCAGCAGGAAUCCCAGGCCCACAGGGUGCUGAUGGGUUAUUAGGAGCAGCAGGUGAACGAGGACAAAAGGGUUUACCCGGCUCAUCUGGUGAUGCUGGCCCCAUAGGACUAGAUGGACAACAGGGUCUGCAUGGGCAAUCAGGAAGUGAAGGCCCACCUGGACAAAAAGGAGACCAGGGGGACAUAGGGCCGUGUGGUAACUCUGGUUCUCCAGGGUCCACAGGAGAGAGAGGUCUCGAGGGCCCUAAAGGCUUACCUGGACCUCCAGGACCAGCAGGCAAAGAGGGUGACGUCGGGCUUCCUGGUGAAGCGGGAGGUCCUGGACCCGAAGGGGAUAAGGGACAGGUGGGACCUCUCGGUUUAUCUGGUCGAGAAGGCCCUUGGGGAGCGCUUGGAGACAAUGGUGAAAGAGGCCCGAAGGGGGAGAAGGGCAACAUUGGACUAAUGGGUGAACCAGGUCUGAUGGGUGAAGGGGGACCUGCAGGUCUCCCAGGGUUACAGGGAACCAUUGGCCCCCGGGGACCCUCAGGGCCAGAUGGACCUCAGGGCCAGAAGGGGGAGUCAGGCCCUGCUGGAAUUACUGGACCUCCAGGGUCAGAAGGCCCUCAGGGAAUAUCUGGUGCAAGAGGUGUCAGAGGAGACACAGGGGGGCUGGGACCACCUGGUCCAGUGGGACAAGUUGGACCUCAGGGAGACAAGGGAGCUAAAGGAGAACCAGGGCCCCAAGGAGAGAAGGGAGAGCCAGGAGAUCCAGGUCCACAAGGGGAACAGGGGGAAGACGGUCUGCCAGGAAUCCAAGGUCCUCCUGCUCUACCAGGGUUAGAGGGGCCUCCAGGAGAGAUGGGACCCCAGGGUGCUGCAGGUCCCACAGGGGCUCCCGGGGCGUAUGGAAUACCAGGACCUGAGGGGAAAGAGGGCACGAAAGGGGAGAAGGGAGAUGAUGGAAAGAGUGGAUCACCAGGGAGGACGGGUCACGUUGGAAGGAGGGGGAAACGGGGGAAGGCUGGAGUCAGAGGGACCAGGGGAGACAGAGGACCAAAGGGUGAAAAGGGAGACACGGGACUAGUUGGCAUCCCCGGGUGGCCAGGGCUCAUCGGAACUCCUGGCUUACAGGGAGAGUCGGGGGAUGGCGGUGAAAAGGGGAAAGAGGGUGAGAAAGGAGACAUGGGACUGCCUGGACCACCUGGAGCUGACGGCACAAAGGGUAUUCGUGGUUCUUUCGGGCUGCCAGGUCCACAAGGCCGCAAGGGAGAGCAGGGAAACAUUGGUUUUCCAGGACGGAGGGGAACACCGGGGAUGCCAGGCCUGCCUGGUUUGUUUGGAUUAAAGGGUUUAAAAGGCUACCAAGGCUUGCCUGGUCUUCCUGGCAGGACGGGGCUCCCGGGUCCACCCGGGGUCCCUGGACCCCCGGGAGAGUCACUGAACUUAACUUUGUCUCAAAUCAAGGACCUGAUGUAUGUGUCCGAUAAGCCCAACUAUCCUCUGAUCCAGACUCUGCUGGACUCUCUGCAGCAGGAGCUUCGGCUGCUGUUGGAUCCUCCUGAUGGCAGUAAGGAGCAUCCUGCAACCACCUGUCUGGAGCUCUGGCUCUGUCACCCGGACUACAGCAGCGGAAUGUUUUACAUUGACCCAAACCAGGGCAGCCCAGCCGACGCUCUGCUGGCUUACUGCAGCUUCUCCUCCACAUCAAAACAGACCUGCCUUCAUCCUCGAGACUCACAGUUGCCAAUGAAAGCCUGGAUGGAAGAGUUCACUGAUGAGGGAAGUUUUCAGUGGCUCAGCAGGCUGGAGCAAGGGUUUCAGUUUUUCUAUCCCGGUGCUAAUGUGGUCCAGAUGCGUUUCCUGAGGCUGCACAGUCGCUCUGCCGUCCAGAAGGUGACUUACUCCUGCCAUCCAGGACACAGACUGGGCGAGACGGAUCGAGACGUCAAAUUCCUCACUGACACAAGGAAGCAAAGUUACCUCGGAGCUCUUAAAGAUUGUGUGCCUGGAGAGGGGAGCCCUUCCGGACCCCGGGAGUCUGUGUUUGAGUUCGAGGACCUGCAGCUGCUCCCGCUGAGAGACGUGGCCGUGAUGGAAGGUGGAAACUUCACACACCCGUUUAGCAUCACUAUUGGACCUGUGUGUUUCAGCUAGAUGUGUUAUUUAGCUGUGCUGUUCUGCAGGGACUCACAGGUCCAGGACAGAAACUUGGGUCCAAACCCUGGACAUCAAGAGGACAGCUGGAACGUCUGUUUUUCCAAUUUCUGAAGAUGCCCCUUUUCCUCUCGUUUUUGGGGAAGUUUCCCUCAAGUUGAAUGACUUUGUUUUUUAUGAAUUUGAGAGGACACAAGCGUCUCCAGGCUUUUCUCACAGAGACGUAAAGUUUGUUUACAGAGACAUUUAUCUUGUAUUGAAUAAUUUAAAAAUGGUUGUUUUUUUUGUCCUUUUAUAUACAAUGUAUUUUAUGUGUUUUUGUUUUUUUUAUUUUGGACUUCUGUUAUAGCUUUCCCAGUGUGUAUAUAAAAGUUAGACACCCUAACUGACCUCUUAACAAUGUGUUUUUUUAAUGGAGACACAGCUAGUGUUGUCUCAUUGGCGGUAUAUGACCAGGCCAGUGAAGUGAACGACUUCUUUACUGUUAGUGAACUCAGAUGUGUCACUGCUCUCAAGGUGCUAGUCCAUUUUUCCUUAAAUCCCGGGAAAGAAUAGUAAAGGACAGUCAUUUUGUGUCAUGCAAAUUCAUGCAGUUUGUUGUCACUUUUUUUUAAAUACAGGAACAUUUUUUUUUUUUUCUGUUUUGUUUUCUGUUUUAUUUUUACAUUUCAUAUAUAUAUAUAUAUAUUUUACAUCUCAGGUAUGAUACAUUAGUGAUAAACUCAUGGGUAAUUAUUCUGCUGUUUUUGCAGUUUUUUGGAGGUCUUUUUUAUUGAAUUAAAAAGAGACUUGAUAAAUAUUAGGAUCAGAAAUUUUGAAUGUUUAAGAACGACAAAAAUCACCAAUGAGUUAGUUUUACCAACAAGUAUGACAUGUAUAUCUGAAGCCUCCUAUAUCUUUUCUCCAUACCAAAGACUGACUUUGUUGUCAAAGAAUUGUAAAACACACUUUCAUUACACACAAUUUAGUUUGUUUUAGUGUAAAGAUACACUAUCCUCUUACUAUAAAUACGGGUUACUGUACAUGUAAAACACCAAUCAUGUAUUAAUCCACAGCUGAAAAUAGUCACUAACAAAUGUGCUUACAACUCCUGAGUCCUGUUUCAAAAUCAUUUGCUGCUACGACAAAUGUUUUGAGAAAGGACUGAGCAUUUAUCCAAACACAUUAAGUUACUAAAAGUAUGAAAUCCUGAGUUUAAAAAAUGGGGGGGAGGAUAUGAAAUGCCCAUGUUGUAUUGGUUGUACUGUAUUGCUUCAAUAUCUUCCUGUGCAGGAGCUGCAGCUGUUACUUAGCUGUGUAGCGUGCUUAAUGUUUGGAAAACCAAAGACAGAAGUUUAGCAUCCAGAGCUUACAGGUGCACAUAUUUCAUCACGUUCAAUUUAUUUGACUGGACACUAAAGGUCAUGAACAAGUUUGGCUAAGCCCUGCAGAGUUUCCUUGGACCCCUGGUGGAAAAAAAACAACCUAUGCCCCCCCCCCCCCCCCCCCCCCCCCCCGCUUAGCUUUGAGUUACUGCUGUCAACCUGAAUUUCUUCUUCAUUCAAUCUAAAAAGGGCUUGGUUCAAGAGAAAAGAAGCAAGCCUUGUAGUUCUUCAGCAGUCAGUCAGCAUCUGUUGUUUGUGCCCAGAUGCAAUCAGCAGUGACUGAUGAGCAGUGUGCUGUACACUCUGCAGGUAGUAGGGAAUCAUAAGACUGAGAUCUCAGGGAGUUUGUGAUGAGAGUAUAGUCUUACUGCUCAGCCACAACAGCAGCUUUGCAGUUAGAAAACCAACACUUAAUUUCUUAGAUAAACUACAUACACUAAGCUAUACAGAACCACAGGGCCUGGAAGUUUAUCAUACCGGUGCUACAUAACAGGGAAUAAAUGUACAUAAUCCUCAACUCAACUGGAAAAGCUGUGUUUAAAGUUCUGUAUCUAGACCACAGAUUUGCAAUUCUGGCUUGCGUUAAAUAUAUCAUGUUUUCUUCUUUCUCUGAUUAUCAUUCCAUUGUAUUGCCUUAGCUGGCUGAGACAGAUUAUUGUUCAUGUGUUUUGCAAAAGUCUCUUUUUUUAUAUGAAAUGACAUGCUGGACAUAUGUCUUGUGUGAUCCCUCCAUCAACUAAUUCAACAAUUGUGUUGGCUUAAUUAAAGAGAGGUACAUAAUUAA